AUGAAGCCGGAUGGGGUUACCACGGCAGCAAUGGAGCCAAUGGAAACAUUGGAAUCCAAUGAAAUGAAUGAGGCACCACCUGCUGCAGGACAGGAGCCCAACCAGGCAGCCAGUCCAGCAGGAGAGGAGGUGACACAGCAGCCUGCAGGUGAGGCAAGCCAGGAAGAACCUCAGCCUGACAAGGCCAAGGACACUCCAGCUGCCAAGACCAGCAACAAGACCACGGGAGACCCAAAAGCCAAGAUUGCCAAUAAGACCACGCCCAAGACAAAACCUGGCACCAACAACCCAGCCAAGACAACACCCGGCUCGCGGACCAGCACGCCACAGAGCCGCCUGUCAAAUGGCGUGUCCAAACCCCAGGCCAAUGGAGUGGCAAAGAAGACCCCACCUGCUGCAGUCAAAAAGACCACAGCAACUACAGCUCCUCCCAAAAAACCAACAGGCACAACAGCAGCCGCAGCACCCAAGAGCAAAGUGGGUGAAAAGAAAGCCACAGGAACGGGCCCUGCCACCAAUGGUGCAAAGCCAGUGACCGGAACAACAGCAGCAAAGAGGACACCGACCACGAAUGCCAAUGGUGUGAAAACCAGCACCACCCAAGCUGCAGCCAAGAAGCCCCUAGGUUGGUGAAAAUGUCAUCAGGAAACAGAAAGUCCAGAUCAGAUACAAACACAAUUGAAAGUCAGGGUGCAGGCAUUAACAGCAGGUCAAGCAUGAAAUGUUUUCACAGCUCUUCCUCUAAUGUGGAGAGGCUAAUGUACUGUGAUGAGUUGUAGAUAGAUGCACAUAUGAUGGAUUCCACACAUAUAUUAGACUUGCCAGAGUGGCUGCUCAUCUAGACGUGCAUUUGCCCUAGAUCCAUGACAUACUGUAUGUUAUGUAUGAUACUGUAUGUCUGCCUGACCUAUAUAUGAGAUAUAUGUCACCAUAGUGUGCUGUGCUAUAUCAUACAUCUUAUUAAUCUUCAAGUAACUCUUUUUUUUCGUUUAGCUCCAAAACCUGCCGCUGCAGCUCCCACCAAGCCAGGCUCCACCUCCUCACCCAAGCCCCCUGUUACCAAGACAACCAGGUAGGCAUCACAGUUGUGGAUUGUUGGAGCCCCACCCUCUCUGAAGUGAAAUCUUAAAGAUUCCUUGCAUCUGUGUUGGCAGCUGUCUGUAAUGUGUCCCUCAUACUACCUGCUUUCCAAAAAGUGGGGAAUGCUGUUUAAAAAAAACAGACUCUGACGGUUUAAAAAUCAUUUGAGGCCUAAAUUGAAUUAAAAAUAGAGCAAAGUCAACAUAUCACAUGGUGCUAAAUGUUUGUAUUAGGUGAUAGGUUGUACUGCAGCAAGCCCAUUUUAGCCUCCAGACUCUUCUUCUACAGAGCCAUGCAGUAAAAUGUGCAGAUUGGGGUUUGGCAUUGUCUUGCUGAAACAUGUACGGCCUUUCCUAUGAAAGCAGUUGGGUUGAUGGCAGCAUUUGUCACUCCUUAACCUGGAUAUAUUGUUCAGCAUUCCCAGAUGUGUGAGCAAUCCAUACCAUGGACGCAUCUGUAUCCCUAUACCAUGCCCAGGGACCCUAAUGUCACAACUUUCCCAUACUGUUUUAUUUGCCUUUUCCUUUUUUGCAUAGAGAUUUCUCUAGAUUCUCUAAAUCAUUUAAUAACAUUAUGAACUGCAGAUUAAAUAAAAAAGUCAAUAAACUUUUUGCAAUUUUAUUCUGUGGCACAUUAUUAUACAAAUGUCGAAGUAUUGUAGGAACUGUAGGAAGAAGCUUCCCCACGUGUUUCUUUAGUAUUACACAACUUCAAUAGGGAUUUUGUCCUUGUUAUAAACGUUUAGAAACAUGUUGCAGGCACCGUUUUAAAAUCAGUUUUUUUUUUCCUUAAAUAAUUUAAAAAAUUAAGUUUUGGCACUGAAUAUGUUGUGUUAACACUAUUUCCAGUAUAAGUUUAAAUGAUUUACAAAUCAGAAUUGUUUUAAUAAACAUUUCACAGUGUUCCAUCUUUGUGAAAUUGGAGUUGUAGAAAUCCUUCAGUUAUUUGCUAGCAUAUCAUCAAUUUGCUCUAACAGAGCUGCAGAUCUUAAAACAACUUAGAACAAGAUAAGAAUUGGACACAGUAAGUUCAAAGUCCUAAAGCUCCUCAGCACCAUUGAGAAGCUGUUGGUUCAAAAGGCUUUAGUUGGCUACAGGUUCAAAGAAGACCCUGUUCAAGAGAAACCACCCUGGAGACUUGAUAGACAAUGAUCCUCCAGAAGCGUAGCAGGCCCGCGUUUAAGUAGGCCAGCGAGCAGCCUAUGUCAGAACAGGCCUUAGAGGAAUGCCUCGCAGGGUUUCAGCAGAGCAGGCACUGUACAGCAGCAUUAAUAAAACAAGUUUAGGGAAUGAGCGCGGUUUAGAGAGGGGAGGAGCAGCAGAGAAGAACUUAGUGAGAACAAGUGAAAACUCUUAACAGGUUUGAUUCUUUAGAUGAAGAGUGUGUGUUUGUGUACAGUCAGAUCAGCAUGUGUUCCUCACCUGUGUGCAUGUGGUGUCAGGUCCUGAGGUGAUUUCACGAUAGGCUUGGAGAGGAAGCUGAAGGAGGCCUUUGUAUGAUAUGCGGAUGAUCCUGAUCAGAUAAAGCCUCUGCUGGGAGCUGCUGAUUGUUCCUUCAUCACGGGCUUAACCCCCUCCUCUCCUUUUUUCUUUGAUUUUCUUUUCUUGAUUGUUGGACCAAAAGCCUUUCUGUCCUUUCUGUGUUUGUAUGUCAUGAUUCACCAUCAUGAUGGCAAAAAGUCAUUACAAAUAGGAACUCAACACAGAAGAGCUAUGUUUUUUGUACAGUUAUAGCUCUACAUGAAAGAGAAGAGCAGGAAAGCACCCGCCUGAAUAAAUUAUGAAACAUCUUCUGCUGAGAAUACUAUAUAUAACACAGAAUCCAAAAGAUACCCAUCAGAUUGUGCUCAUCUUUUAGCAUGGUUCUCUACUUCUUACACAUUUCCAGCCACUUCCUUCCACCUGACAGCAACAUGUUUUAGCUGCUACUCCAUGUGCCUCAGGUAGCAGCUGGAUUGUGGAGAUUAAACUCAGAUUACAGCCUUAAAUGUUGAUAUGCAAACAUCUAAUUAAAAAGACUUACCUAGGGGCAUGUUUAUCAUCGACACUUUAAUACAGGAUGCCUGUUGUGCAACAGUUAUUAGCUGCGGUCAUUUAAUUCAUAACAACGAUUAUUUUUCGCCAGGGUCUUGGAUGAAUAAAUACCCGUCGUCCCUAAAUAGAAUCUUUUGGGCAUCUUUUGCAAAGUGUAUUUUCUAUUUCUAUUUCUCCAAUCAAUUCAAAGCCAUCUGAAACAUGCUUUUGGCUCAGAUAAGCACAAAUAUUACCUUGAAAUGUGCACGAGAUAUUUGCUGUUAUUAGUAUUAAGUUAUGAAAUACAGGAUGAAGGAACUACAUCAUAUACAUUUAAUAUUGGUCACCGACUGACCUCUGUAGAUACCAGUAUCGGUUUAUCGUUGAAAAACCCAUACCAGUUGACCACUAAUAUCAAGGUGUGAUUUGAUCGGUUUUCACAGAAUGAGUAACUUACUUGUCUUUUUGCAUGUUGUCAGUAACAUAAAUGAAGAUAUUAUCCCGAUUUUGAUAAAUGUUUGAAUUUAUCAGAGUGAAUGGAUGAUGCUCAUGUGUCUGAAUUUUAGACACAUUAACUGAAAGUCAGUAAUCUGGGUUCAAAUCACACCAUUAAGGUCCUAACACACCUGGGCCGACGCGAAUAUAGAACGCGAAAUUACGAAAUAUUCGGGGAAUUUUGAUGCGCCUGACUAUACACAUCAAGCACGAUGUGAUUUUGCGACUUUCCAGGGGAGAAAAAGACUGACACAACAGCAGACUGACUGUUUUCAGUUCUGAUUAGACACUAGUGUCGAGAUGGAUGUCUGUCAUGAUAGCAUGUUCUGAGUCGGGGCCAGUACCAGAUAAGCACAUUAAACUAUAAUCCAUAAACAUUAGGUAACAACCGAGACCUAAUGGUGCUGUGACAGCAACGCAAUUGAAUUUGAGAGUGAAAAUACAUAUGGUAUGUUGUACCUGAACAGGUUAGUUUACGAGUGACUUAAUCCGCCGCUAUGACUCUCCACAAGUUGUCCUUCAGGUCGUUAUCUUUGUAAUGUUUGUGUCUUUUAUCAAAAAGCAUUCUGACAUGUAAACAAUUAGCCGGUCGGGCCAUGUUGGAUAUACCGGUGAAUCAGACGUUGCAACAACACGAAAUCUGAUUGGUCAGAAGUGGACACACAGUAUGCGAAACUUUAGAAAAAUCGAUGAUUCGAAAAAAUAAAUACCGCAGUAUCGCAGGACGGGAAAACUUCGCUGAUGUGAACGCUUGUAUUGACAGGAUACAGGUUCGAAAAAAAAUAUUGACGGCCGAAAUAAUCACACGACAAAAACGAUUCCGGAGUGAAAGGACCUCAAAGAAGCUGAUAAAGCGUGUGUUAGGUAGUGACUUUGUUGUACACAUACACAUCUAACUCAGAGAGAUGGCAGGUGAACCCAAUAAACCAGGUAUCUUAAAAAACAACUGGUCUCCUCGUCACUAUUAGCCAUCUUUUCUGUGGGGGCAGGCCAAGGCGUAUACUGUAAUCACUGCAGUAUUUACUGUUUUUGCACGAGUUUGUUGUACACACGUUAUCCAGAGAAGGAUGGAGCUGCAGCAGACCUACAUAUGAAUCCCCAUGAGAGAACUUCAACCCGUUGAUAGGUUCCUCUGACAGCACCAUGUACCCUCAUAGGCAUACUUUGUUGAAUGUGUGUGCGUGUGUGUGUGUUCCAGUCAGUUUUUGUUUCUGUGAUCCGCUUUGACAGGCCCAUAAAUUUUGCCUUUAAUUAGAUUUUGUCCUUCUGCUGCCUCACUCCAACUUCACUUCGGGGCAGCUAUCAGCAGAGUGGUGGAGAAAUCAACGGACGCAUUAACUGUCAUCUCAGACACACCCUGCAUACCCCACACCCCCACCCCCUUACUGUCAAACACACACGCCUGCAGUGCUCCCUUCAAUUCACUCGGUGUUCCUUUAGGUCCAAUUGAUUUAAUUCCAUCUGCAGCAGGUUGCAGUAAUCAGACAAAUAAAGUGCAGAGCAAACGCAGGUUCACUAAGUGACAUCUAUCUAAUUUAAAAGCUAAGUGGUUUGUUUCUCCCUGCCCUGCUUGAGGUUUUAGUAAAAUUGCAUUAGGUUCUCUUGUUGCUGCUGCAGGUUACUCUUCAUUAUUGCUCACUCACUCUCUGUCUGUCUGUUUUAAAGACAGGCUUUUAACUGGCUUUUUAGGGAUUUAUAUGCAAAAACUUUACAGUCACUCUUUAUAACAAGUGAGAGACUUUCAAUUGAUUCAUACGAUGGUGAUUCAUGCAAAACAUAUAACUGUGAAGUGACGUCUAUCCAGCAACAGAAGCGACAAUGUCUGUUUUUAAAUGUAUGGAACAUGUAUGGAGUGUGUGUGUGUGUGUGUGUGUGUUUGUGUGCAUCUGCUGUUUGAAGCCGAUUGCCCACAGCAAGCAGCUUGUGACAGGGAGUGUUAGAGCCUGAUUAGUGUGCAAAUGGAGAAAGUGGAAAUCCUUAUGUUGUUGGAACAGGAUGUCCAUGUACGUUAGUUUGUGUACUAUCAGUAUGCGUCUGCCUGUGCGAGUGAAUCUGUACCAAUUCUUGCCUUUUUUCUCCAGCUGUGCGGAUGAUUUGCGUCCACUGAGGCAUUGGUAAUUGGGAACUGCUUUGCAGCAUGCGAACUGCCCACCAGGACAGGAAAGCACGCAAUGCAUUUAUCAUAUAGGUGCUUUGAUUUGUGCAUGUAUGUGCUGUUCACAUGCAUAGCAGGAGCACAUACAUACAUGUAAUUAAGAUGCAGAGCAUGUGUUCUUUUGCUGGUAUAUUACUCAUGAUGUGGAGAUAAAGGGGGAGGGGAAGUGUACGUGCAGGCGGCUGAACACGUGGUACAGGCACACGUGUCGCUUAGCUGCUUCCUCCUGUCGACCCUGCUGUCUAUGGAUGCAGCAGAGUGAAGUGAAACAAAAAUGGUGGCGGAGGGGUAUAGAAGCUAUGUGGCUGAAUAAGUCAUGUGUCCCCGCUGAGCGCCCAUCAGUGCUGCCAGAGAUGCAUAGAGUGAGAAUCCUGUACAUACAGGGUGUGAAAGCUGCGUGUGUGAGAGAGAGAGAGAGAGUGAGGCGGAGGCAAAGGUGGAGCGAGGAAGCAGAGUACCAGAGGGUAUCUCUGUGUGAAACAGAGGAGAAGAUUGCACUUUAGUAGAUCAGAGGACAGAGAAAGGGUGUUCAGUUCACUGAAGGAAAUGGACAUUCAGGUGGAUUUUCAUUUUUGCCAUCUCUUCCCUGCCAUCCCCUCAGCCAGCCAUGUUCUCACAUUAGUCAGGCUGUUUUCCUCAUUGAUGGUCCCUUAGGGAUGAUAAAUUUUUAUUGCAGUGACUGAGUGCAACCCUCCUCAUGAUCUAACAAAUUACUGCUGAUGUAAUGGACCAGCACUGGUGCAUGUGGUGAGCAGAAGCCGUGGUCGUGCCCCAGACACCGUUCACAGUCCUGCAUGAAGCAGACGACAUGUUGCGCAGGCUGUAAAUCCUCUGCUCUGGGUGUGGUCGACGGCUCCAUGAUGCAGUCUUUCUCUGCCGUGAUUUUAUAGAUGUGCAGCCGCAGAGCCAAUUACCAAAUGGACUAAAUGAAAAUGAGAUGCACUGGAGGACGGAUAGAUUGACAGAAGGAUGCGUUUAUGUUUGAGUGUGAGACAAAGGUUUGAGUGUGUUUGGGUGUGUUUGUGGGUGUGCUGUUCACUCAUGCUGCAGGGAUACAAUGAAUGUAAUGGAUAUUAGAGAAAAUGCUUUGUUGGCAACACUUUCUCUGUCUCAGACAUGAAUAAUAGCCGUUCUGUUAAGCAUAAGCUCAUUAUAAAUAGAAUACAACCUCAAUUCAAUAAUAGUCAGAACAAUGUGUGUCAUUUUAAUCAAAACAGGACUUGAUGGUUUGCAGAUUAUGUGAAGUCUGUAUCCAGUUUAAAGUCAUGCAAUAACAACAAAUCAAAUGCUGGAAGCGAAAAGAACAGACUGUCUCAUGUGAAAUAUUAGAUCAUUUCAAGUUUGGUGCCAGUGAGACAGUUUGGGCAGAGGCAUGCUUAACAUCAUUUUGCAUUACCUCUUCCUCUAACAACACUGUAAAUGUUUCAGAACCGAGGUUUCUGGAGUUUUUAAAUAAUGAACAGAGUCGCAUUCUUGAAUAAUGUAGGAUUACAGAUGCUUAACAGUGAAAGGUAUUCUUUGGUGGGUUAUCUAGUUUCAUGAUGUUCCAAAUGUUUUCAAUGGUUGGUAAGUCUGGACUGCAGACAGGUCAGUGUACUGAGCCAUAAGGUCUUCCCUGAUGAAAGUCAUUGUCUGAAUGGGUGCGUAUGUCACUCCAAAACCUGUAUAUAUAUUUUUCAGCCUUAAUCUCCCAGAUGUGUAAGCUACCCAUGCUAUGAGCACUUAUGCAUCCUCCCUACCUUUGUGUAUGCUGGCUUUGAAACUGACAGGGGGGAUUUUCCCUUCUUUAGGCAUCUUCCAUCAUUUCUUAAUCCAAUGUCAGAUUUUCUUUCCUCAGACCACAGGACAGUUUUCCAUUAAGCCUCAGUCCAUCUAAAAUGGGCUGGUGCCCAGAGAGACUGUUGGUGUUUCUGGGUCAUGUAUAUUCCUCUUUGUGUUGUACAGUUUUAACCUGUAUUUGUGGAUGCAGUCACAGACUAAGGUUUUUGGAAGGGAUUUUUAACCCAUUCAGUGAUUUCCAAUACAGAAGCAUGUCUCUUUUUUUAUAUCUGAAGGCCUUGACCAUGCAAAAACACUUUCCAUUUUAUUUGCUGUCCUCUCAAUUGAGUUAAAUUGAUUUGCGAACUAACAGUGUCCCAACUCUCAUGAAAUGAAGACUAUGAAAUAUCUUCUUGAGCUUUUGAAAUUACUCCUGUUUUUAUUGACUUGCCUUAACCUCAUUUUAAGCAGCAUACCACAUCAUAUCAUUGUGUCUUUACUUUGCAUUAUCUAUAAAGAUGACUCUGUUGAAGUUUUAUUCUGCCAAACAGAAAGACUUGAGCAUGAUAGAUUUAUAACUCAAAGUAUAUAAAAUAGAUCUCCAGGAUCUGAACUCGCUGCUAAGUUUGUACCAGGCAGGCAGAAAGCACCACCACAUAGAGGGUGCUCCGAUCAGAUUCAUUUAACAGGAAAAUAACCUGUUAGCCCUCAGCCACCACAGCAUCCUGCUGACUCUACUGGCGCCACUUAAACCAUCAUGAAGCUCCUGCCUUUAUAUUUUAUAUUUAUGGGGUUUAAUUAAGACAAGACCAUGUAUAAUCUGCUGCCUGCUCUGAGAGGAGGAAGGUCAGUUCUCCACAGUUUGUCGACUUUGCUACUGGGCAGGCCGCUCGUAUGUCUGCUCAGUUCAGCUCCUGCUUACUCAUGUCACAGAGCAUCUCAUUAUUUAAAUCAUAGCCAGAUUCGGACGUAUCACAAAGCAGUAACCAGCAGGCUACCAUGUUUAGACACACAAUCCUCUCUUGUCCCAGAUUGAGGAGAUUUUUAGAUGCAAUAAAACUUAAAUGUUCUACUGAUCCUCGGGCAACAAAAGCUGACUUCAAGUAUUUUACUGUAUGCAUCAAUGCGCCGUCCCACUAACCAUCAUCUGAUUGUUCAGCUCCACUGCAUAUCUGGGCUGUCGGUUAAACUCCAAUUUUAUUUUUUUUUUGCAGUGUUUCGCAGAAUGGCCUUUGGUGAAAUAUGAACAUAAACACGCAUAUUUUGUGAAGCUACAAGCUGCCCAUUAAGCUAAAUUAGUAUGUUAAGUAGAAUAGGAUAAACACUAUGGUUAUUCCUCUAGUCCUCUCUCUUAUUCAGCUGACAGUGAGCUGAAUUACAGAAUAAACAGAAGCUUGAGAUAACUCUAGCAUCAAUGCAUCACUGUUUUCAGACAUUGUUACAAUGGUCAAGUGUUGUUAGUCACAACACAAGAGCUUAUUCUACCAUGGCCUGGGCGCUUAAAUGCUGUAAUAGAAUCCAACUGUGCCGACUGUCCUCUUUGAUAAGCAGGAAAAAGACAUUGAUAUAGGAUAAUAUGUAAUCAGAUUAUUAGUAUCAUCUGCCCCCUCCCUUACCCAUCUUUCUCUUUUAGUCUAUAUCUUCCUCUGUUGUGCUCUUUUCAGCAGGCCUGCCUUUUAGGAUUAACCAUAUUCUUUUUAUCAAACAGAUUAUCGUGAACACUCUCUGAAAAGCCCUCAGCACACUUCAUCUCUAAUUUCAGAUUCUGUAACUUUGAAUUCUCCCCAUUCUCCUUUACCCUGUAAUUCCUCUCUUAUCUUUUCUCUCUCUAAUCAAAGCACCGCAGACUCAAACACAGAGCUUAUUCCGUCUCCACCUUUUAACAUCUUGCUCACUGAAGGACAAUUUUGGAAUGAAAAAUCCUUGCAAUUCUUUCUUGCAAAAUCUUGUAAUUUUACCCACUUUUUUCCAAUAAAGUAUAAGUGGAGAGCAUUUUAAGAAAGAAUUUCAAGAAGAGAUUAAUUUUCCCAGAUUUUUUCAGCUGGUUCAAGUCGUUUCAUUGUUAAAAAUGUAUAUUUCUCCCUCUCACAGGUUUGACAGAUUUGUUUUAGUUAUGCGUUAAAAGCUAAUGCUACAUUCCAGUUACCUUGGAAGUUGUAUGUCGGAGCUGGGAAUAACGUUACACCUGAGUUUAUAGCGUUCCAGUUAACAAGUCGGAAAACCAAGAUGGAUGCCUACAGUUAUCUGUUUUUAGCUGUUGUUUACAAACAACACAGUAUUUUACACUUACAAACACCAUAGAACCAUGUUCACAGUUAGACGUUGGGCAGUACUACAUAUACCACUUAUUUAAAUUCACAAAAACAAAACAGAAGUGCUAAUAAAUAAUACAUCACGAGAGCUUUCACCGUUACUCUUUACUGUUAAUGCACUGCGCUGCCAUCUUGGAUUAUAACGCUGUUGUCAAGUCUGGGUUGGGGGGGGGGGGGGGGUGUCCUUGUGGUUCCCCCAUACACAGCACAAUAUCUGAUAGGAGAUAUUGAAAAUUUUGAAUAUUCGCCAUUUCAAAUUUGUGCAACCCUGAUUGCCAUCCAUGCAAAUUGGGGUAAGCAGAAUCACUCAUUAUUGUACCAGAUAUAUUUCAAGAGAAUCUGGUAAAAUAAUCCUGAGGACCAUCAAACAAACAAGGCUUUUCCUGGCUGUUGUCAGAAGGGGGGGAUUUUUGCUCAAAAUUAGCUUGAAUUUCUAGUGUUGCAUACCCCACUUGAGUUAGCAGUGCAGCCACAGAUUUGUCACAGCUGUGGCUUAAACAUCACCACUGUGUGAGCCCAAGAAUUUUUUUUUGUCUUUUGGGUGACAAGUGGAAUUUUCAGGUAAAUGUUCUUUUCAUCAGGGAUGAUGGUACAAAAGAUUUAAAGCUCUAAUUUUAGGUUUAAUAUUCCUUAUUUCAUAGAAAUGUUGACUCCUCCACAUUUUUAACAGUUAUUUUUAAGUUAUAACAUUUUUGUUUGGCCUUUUUUAGACCAGAAAGAUCCAUCAAAAAUAGAAAAAAAUAAGCAUCAAAGGAACAUGUUUUGGAAAUCAUCCAGAUGCACAAGAAUCUACACACACACACACACACACACACACACACACACACACACACAAACCUUUUUAAAACACUUUUGCACUGUUGAAGAGGUGCUAAUAAACUCAGUAAAGUCAGCAGCACAAACACAGCUCUGUAGUGUCCACUAUUGUUGCGGACUAUGGACAACAGUUAAAUAAUCUUAAGGGCGAAAUAGCCUUAAUGGCUAUUUAACUGUGAUAUGCGUGUGCUAAGGGGGCUAUAACAUCACUCUUUUCAAAGUAUUACUGUAUUACUAGUUUACACAGUGACACAAGGGGUGGCUCUUUGGAAUCUGCUGUGAAAAGUUUUCAUUUUCAGUGGCCUUAAGUACUCAUGAAAGGAAACAGACUAAUACAUUUCUCUGUAAAUAGCUCCCAGGACACUAACAGUCAAGGGCUGCUGGUACUUCUUUUUUUAGACAGUUUUUUUGUGCAAGACAGGGGUUAUAUUAUCCAAAAGUGGAUGAGCCAUUGAAAUACAGCAUUUUGGAGAGAUGAGAUGUGACAAUAGGGAUGAAAAACAAUCAUUGGCCAGCUUCAUCAACCUCUCUGAUUUUCCAGUUAACACAGUCAACUCCGAGUGCAGUAAAUCAAUGCGUCAUGAAUGAGGCUGUUAGUGUUCCGCGUUGCCUGAAGGGCGUUAGUAAAAGUGCAUUGACAUGAUCGAACAGUCUCAGUAUCAGUCGCAUUCCUUUUACUGCCCUAAAGCCAAACUGAAUGUGGAUCAACUUUAAAAAGUUGUUUGAACUCAUGACAUGGCCACGCCCUCCUCGCUGUGUGCCUUUAAUCUAAUUUUGCAUUACCAAACCGUUCUCCACGUCUUCUGCCAGGUUGAGGAUAGCAUGCAUUACUUCAUUGCCCUUACACAAUGAGUUUGCUUUAAACACAGCUCUGCUUCCAGCUGGAGAAAAUGGAGAGGUUAUUUCUGUCCUCCUUUCAGUAUUAAAGAUUAACUUGGUCCUAGCCACCUUCACUCUCCCUCUACCUCCCUGUUCUCUCUCUGCCAGAGCUAGCUCAAUCCUUUAUUUAGAAUCAGGCAGUUAGUUUGGCUCAGGCUCAGGAGAUUGCACACCACAGCUCCGUCAGGACUACUAGAUGUAGGUUACUUCGCUUUGACGUGACAUAGAAGCCAACCUCCAGGCCAGGCAGGGCACCAGAGCAGGCAAGCUGAUGUACGCUGCCUUUAGAGUGAAAACUGACAAGACAUCCAGGGAAGAUUAGAUGAAGGCUGGGAUGCCUCUCUCGGGCCAGUUGUGAUUCACCUCCUGCACUGCUUUGCUUUUUACAUACAGUAGACCCCCAGGGAGGUUUGUCAUGGGCUUUGAAGGAGUGAACAGGGACUGUUGUUACCAGUGUUUCAAGUCCUGAUACACCAAAAACAGAGCUUAGCUUAUUUCAAUACUGGCAUGUUUUUCACUUAUUUUCCCUCAGAAUAUUUUUGUUUGAUUUUCGAUGCUCAAGUAAUUUGAAUAUGUUGUUCUCAUGCAGUUUUUCCUGCAGAGCCGCUCUGACUCCGUAGUUUAAAACACUCAGCACUAUUUGCACAACUUAGCAGCAAGAGUCCGCUUUAAAAACUUGCUUGCUUUGUGGGAUCAUGUAAGAAAGAUAUCUCAUGAAGGUAUGUUUCAACAAAAUAGCCUCCGGGUUACCCUUUUGUUGUCAUGAUUGCAAAAAUGUAUGCAAUGUACACACAAAAGCUCUGUAUUUAUUCAGUGUAAGAAGUUAUUUAUGUCUUUGUUUGUCCCUAAGUGGGUCAAACUUGUGGGUCACACACUCCUGACCCUCAAUAUCUUGGCCUCACUAAGAGAUUGUGUAUAAAUUUAUUUGAAGAAACAGUGCUUUAAGUCAGGGUCUGUCUGCUUGUGCUCUUAACAAGAAUAGCCCAUCCUCUCCAUGUGUCAACACUAUUGUGAUCUUUUCUCAGCCUGCUUGUGCGUGUCUUGUUGGUUAUAGUUGCCUCUAGCAUAAAAGUAACAGCUAAAUGACAUUUCAGGGUCCUUUCUUUCCGUCAAAAUCAUUUUAAGCAUUUCUCCACACACACACAGCUGACCAGGACAAGGUCAGGAGAGAACCUUUGGUUGUGAUAAUAAGCUGUGAAGGGCUUGUCACCUUUAAGUCUUGAGUCAUCCUUAACGAUCUUUAUCUGUUGUGUAUUUUUCCAAUUUGCAUGAGAUGUCUUCCUCGCAGGGGUGUUAAGAUACCACACAAGUAGAACUGACGUAGAUCAGUGUAGAGAUAUUCAUCUUUUAAAAAUAAAAAAAACCUGACAUAAUUUCUCUGACCCAGAUCUCUGUGCGUGAACACCCCUCAGCAUUUCCUAACCUUCUCCUUUGCCUUGCAGGCCUACAACCGGCACAUCCGCGUCACCUCGUCCUGCCACAGGCUCAACCCGGCCACUCACAGCCAGCACGACUAAGAGCUCCACCUCAGCUACAUCCAAACCUGCUGCCCCCAAAACCUCCACCACUGCCAAGCCUGCAGCCUCCAAAACAACCUCCACUACCCCCUCUGGUGGCAAAGCCCCAGCAACACCAUCAUCACGAAACACAACUCCUGUGAAGAAAGGUACAGAAACGUCUCGUGCAGGGAUUUUUAUAUCAUUAAAUAGAUACACACUUUUUUACAGCAAGGAUUAUAAAUUUUGAACUCCAGAGUUUUGUUGUAUUAUAAAUUUUAUUUAGUUAAGAAAAAUGUUUUUAAUCACAGUCAAUACAUUUAGACUCAGUAAAAUUCAGUGGCUUUGACCAAUAUUGUGAAUUAGAAAGUAUUUGUUGAAAACAGUAACUUCUACAUAAACAAACAGAAAACCAACGAUACCAACCAAAAAUGGGAAACAGUCUCUUAUUUGUAAAAAGAGCAGGUUUUCCUUGUGUUUGCUUAUGUAAGGUGCAGUGCCUGUGGAUCAUUUCAAAGACAACCAAAACAUUUCCACACAAGUCACAAAACAAGACAGAAUGGAUCUGUUUUUUCUCCUCUGUACCACUAACUUUCUGUUGCUUAAAUCAGUAUUUUGAUCUAUCACUGAUUAUUGUUAUAUGCUCAAUUAUCAUUACCUGUAGCUUCUGUAAGUAACUAUAUUGUAUACUUUAUUAUUAAACCUUUUCUCUGGUGUGCUUCCCCACAGAUGUCAGCAAAUCAGCAACUCCAGCGGCCAAAAAGCCUGGAGAGUCCCCCCUUGCUCGCUCCUCCCCUGCAACAAAGUCUGCAAAACCUGAAACCUCCAAAUUAGCCUCAAAAUCUGACAUGACCGCCAAAAAGCCAACUGCCAGUAAGGCUGCAGACACAAAGACACCAAAUCGCACCAACAGCAAGCCGACACCUUCCAAGGAUGCUCCCAAGACCCCUGCCACCAAAACAGCUGCAACCAAGACCUCCAGUCCCAAGAAAACUGUAGGCAGUAGCACUCCAACUCCUGUAAAACGUGGCCCCAAAGCUGUAACUGCAGAACCAGAAAAGGAAAUCGCUGCUGCUGUAGCUGCUACUGCAGCUGCAACUGCAGCAGCUGCUGUCAUCUUUGAGUCAGCGGAACAGCAGCCUCUUGCAGAAGUCGCCGUGAAGUCACCUGCUGAAGAAUCUGCAGAGCUGAUGUCUAACCAGAUCGAGGCAACAGUGAGAGAACCAACACCAGAACCGGCACAAGAUCUGAUGAUGACACCAAUACCAACAGCACCAGAGUCUCAGCCAUCAGCAGAACUGGAUCUAGAGGCUAAAAUGGUCCCUGAACAAACCUUCAACACUCAGCUGCCAGCCCAGCUAGACUUCAAAUUCGAGGAGUCUGCCAACAGCUCAGUUCCUGCCCUCGGAACAACGGUCAUGUCUCCUCCCUGUUCCCCACCAGGUCCUGUUUCUCCUGUCAGAGAGCCACAGCAUGUCUCCUCUCUGAUGGACAUGCAGUCUGACCCCUGGGACAGAAACCAAGCCUUCUCUGCAUCUGACUUUGCUCCCCAGAGCCUGGUCAAUGUGAUCGAUUCCCAGACAGAAGAGAAAAAGAGAGAGGAGGAGCAGUUUGAGGCUCAGGAGACAAGAGAGGAAGAGGAGGAGGAAGAGGAAAACCUGCUGAUGCCGACUCACAGGGCUCCUUCUGCAGAGGCCUUUGGUGUGACACAACCACAGUCAUUGGGCGCCUCUCUCAUGGAUGAUUUCACCUGCAGGGACCUGAUCUCCCCUCAUGAAAAAGAGGUGGCGGUAGAGAAGGCUGAUGAGGAGAUCAACGAAGACGAUGAUGAGGAUGAUGAAGAUGAGGAACAGAGGAGACUGGGUCAUCAGCCUUCAUCCAUGAUCACUGACAUGAGCACAUCUCAGCCAUCUGAGGAGAUCCAUGUCCGGUCCUCAGCAUUUGGUGGUUCUGCUGGUUGGCAUGGUGACGAUCUGCUGUCAGGGAUGGACUCUGAAGACAUGAGCAGCUGCACCAGCAGUAGGCAGCAUGAGAUCUCUGACUUCAGCAGCACCCAGCAUGCUGCCAUACUGGAGGGCACCCAGAGCUCAGACGCCCUGGUUGACUCAAGCCUCCGAGGCUCUGAGGGAGACGGUAACCUCAUGGGUUCUCCCAAUGUGGAAACAAUUGCAAAUGAGGAGGAAGAUGAGGAUGAAGAGGAUGAGCGGGUGGAUGAUAUGGACUUGAGUUCAGAGAAGGUGGAGGAGCAACGCAAAGUGCUCCAGCAGCAGGAUCGGGAAGACGAAGAGGACGAAGAUGUAGAGAUGCAUAGUGAGGGAGUGACAGAGAGCUGUGGGAAUGUAGAUGAAGAUGACUUUAAUGAAGAAGAGCGUCUGGACAACCUUAAUCGCUCCGGUCCUCCACCAUGUGUCCCCCCUACCACCUCCUGGGGCCAGACCAACCCCUUCUCCGACACUUGGGCCCAACCAGCCUCUCUGCUGUCUGUGUCCUCCCCCAGCCCCAUAUCUGACCACGGAGCAGCUGACUCUGAAACCCCCACCCUGUCUCCUGCUCAGGCAUGUUUUGACAGCAGUGCCCCCUCCUUCACUCCUCAGACCCAUGAGGAGAUGAAGGUCUCAGAGCCUGAGGAGGCUCAGGGUCAGCCUGGCACUCUUGCUGGUGCAGCUCCUGCCACCCACAGCAACAGUGAGACAAGCACGCCAGAGGAUCUCCGGGAUUAUGACAGUAGUUCUGGGGUGGAGUCCCGCUCUGACAAACAGCAGACUCCAGUGCCUGCUCCUGUCCAGCCUGACAUGGAGCAAGACCUGGGUAUUCACCUGGAAAAAGGUGAUGGAGAGGAGGAGGAAGCUGAAACCCUCCCAGCUGAUGAGGUCCUAGGAACAGGACCUCCAACCGCCCCAGCAUCUGCUCCGUCUUCCCCCUCCACCUCAGGAGACGAGGCCAGUGACACAGAGGGUGAAAUGCAAAUAAACGACCCUGAAGCAUCAGCAGCAAUGGAGGGGGCUGCUGGAUUUGAAAGCCCCACUCCUGCCCGCAGUUUACCUGCUCUUGAGGAAGAUGAGGAGUCAGCAGACACUGCAGUUGCAGAGGGUGAAGAGGAUGGAGGUGGAGCCACCCCUCAGUCUGCAAACUCUGUGGCAUCUUAUGGCUUUGACUGCACUACAUCCAACUCCAAUGCUCACUCUAUGGCAGAGAGCUGCGGGAAGAGCCCGGGGAUCUUCUCCCUGGAGAACGAGGAGCAGCUUCCUGAGGAGGCCAAAGACCCCUCCCUCAUCAAGGAGCUGACCCUGCCAUCAGCUGCUGCUGCAGCCCAGGCAGAGGACCUGCUGGGCCGACCUGUGGAUCUGAUGCCUUUGGGCCACUCAGGAGAACACCAUCCCAGUCUGGAUGAGCAGCAUUACAUGUUCGGGGGGAAGAUUGCAGCAGACCAUCUGGAGGAGGUCGACCCGUUGGAGCCCAGUCGCCACCUUGGGGCCCAGGAAACUGAAGACUCUGGCGAGGGCCAGCCACCAUACUACUCUACCAUAUGUGAUAAGACUGAUAGUUUUCUGGCAGGUAAUGUAUAAGCCCCUCCUAUUACCCCCUGAAUGCACCUUUUCCCCGCAACCCUCCCCCUUUACCUGUUACUUGUUUUCUCUCCAGUUGGGUUAGAUGGCUUAGAAGAAAAAAGGAGAGCAGGAUUGUAGGAAAAGAUUUAAAAAAAAAUGAAUAAAGGAGAUGGAAAAAAUGACUGUAGCAAUUUUUAAUUGAAGCCUCCCUCUUUCAUACUGUUCUGGUCGUGGUUACGAGUGUAUGGCUUAAACUCCUUUAUGUACAAUAGUUACUACCAUUUUCUAGUAGAAUGUUCUUUUUAAGUAACACUGCAUAUUAUGUAGCCCCUGAUGGGGUAAAGACUGAUUGGUCCAAUGUGACUGAGCUUUUACACCGAAAAAGAAAAAAAACAGAUGGAAUGAAAUGGACUCAUUAUGUAUUUAUCCUACUGUUUUUACCGAACAAAUGUCAAUUAUUUUUUGUUUUGUAUUUGCUUAUUUGUUGUUUUUUGUUUGUUUUUUUUCCGUCAAACCUGGUCCUUCCUACCCUGUGUACACACACUUCAUGUUCAGCAGCACCAUAGCGAUAGUCAUAUGCUCUUUUAAAGCUUUGUGUUCUUGUUUCAAGACUUUUAGCUAUCAAAAUAAAGGCUAGAUAUUAACACGGCUGUUUGGCCCUUACAGAUUCGUCGAAGUAGGUAUGGGAGUAUUAGAUUGCAGUUGGUGAAGUUUUUAAUGUGUGCUUCAAGAGGUUCUUUGCUCUGCAUAGGUUGUUAAGGUAUAUAACGUGCAGUCACGUACAGUAUGUGUUUCAGGCAAUGGUUUUAAGUGGCUAAGCUUCAAGCCUCAGUUAGCUGAUUAUUUGUGUUCAGGAACAUGCUAACAACUAGCCUUUUAUUUGUGAUGAGAUCCUGCAAUUCCCUCAGCGCUAUCACAAUUGAGCUUUAUACUCGCUGAAACAUUUCAUAGUGAGUGUUUGGUUUACUAUUUCAACAGUAUAUUGCAUGUUUAACUAACAUUAAGACUGUGUAAUACCUUGAAUUUGAAACAAUUCUACACUAGACGUGUUCAUAAAUGAAUGGUUCACACUAGGUUAUCUUUCAAAAUUCCAUUAAAACAUCAUUGCAAGGCAUUUUGUUCCUGUUUCUUAUUUCCCCUAUGGAUCCAGCAUGCCUGAACUUACUGCCCUUGUGUUCAAGUCUCUGUGUGUUGUAUGUUUGCACAACUAACUUCCCAUGGCGCCUCCAACUCCUCCCCAUGGGAAUAACCACUAAACAGGAUGUGAUGCAACAAUCUACAAUGGUGUUGUGUCUGACAUGGAAUUUUGCCCAGAUCAAGGAGGUGUCCCAAAUGGUGUUCCAGUGCCCUGUUAAUCCAGCAUGCCUCAGUCCUCAAGACAUUUUCUGAUUCCAUACCAGCCAACCAGCAUCACAUUCAGGCCUCUGGUUGAGCAAAUAGAGCUCACUUAAAGGUACACUGUGGUGGUUUUGUAAGGCAAACAUUUACAAUGCGUUUCACCAGAAUGCAUCCCAUGAAUGUCAUUUUGGACCAAACAGUUUUCAGUUCUCCCCGGGGGAGAACUUCCAACAGAUUGUUCCCUACAAGCUUCAAACAUUCAUAGCCUCUUUAUUCCAAUUCCAUCAUUUCUAAUCAAAUGCAAUAGUGGCAUUCACCAGUGGGCUGUUGGUACAAAUACAAAAAAGUUUAGCAUUCUUUUCUUGAAAUUGUCAUACUGAGAUGUACUUGUGUCAAAAUUCACAAUCUAACAGUGUACUAGGCUUUGGUUGGACUCAAACUUCAUAGACCUAAAUUGCUGACUAGUGCACUGCAUGUGGAGAACCACAGUUGUGUUGCCUUUACUAGUAGUGGCGUCAUCUGCAGCAGUUGACACCCUAGCUUCUGUGCCAGUUCUCCACCCAAGUUGCAACCCCACCUCAAAAACCCUAGAAUAUCCUUUUAAAGAACUAUGUUUAUUGCGGUUAUUGCAAAUGAACAAGGGUCCAAGUCCUUCAGCUGCUCUUAGGGCUGUGAAAAGGCUCCUACAGUCUAAAAGUGCUCAGUGUUGGCCACCUUCUAGGCUAUAUUUCUUGUCCUGUCUCAACAGCACUCAUUGUGGUGAAAACUUCACAAAGUACCUUUAAAAGCAUGGUUGUGGUUUUCCUCCGACAUGCUCAUAAUGAGAAGUUCAAAUGCUGUUGCAAAGGCUGAAUGUUUGGCUGUUUUCUAACAUUGCAUUUUGGCGAACAAACGUGUUGUUUUUACUGCAAACAUGGCCUGACAUGCCUCUGGAUUUGAGUUUUUCAUUGGGAAUAAUAAUGAUGAGACCAUGGCAGCCAACCUUUGAACAGCAUUUGCACCUCCUACACUGAUCAUGGCGACAUGGCCACCAUGUGAAUUGAUGAAUUUGGCAGGAAACAUGACACAUUCAUCCUGAAAAUCACAUGAAUACAUCUGAAUAUUGAUGCUCAAGAGUACCAAACACUUUAUUUCCUUCUCUGCCUUUUCCUCUGACCUGCUUUCCUCUCCUUUUCUUAACCUUUUUGGAUAUUUCCCUAAGUGGUUCAGAUAUUCAUCAGACUCCACAAGCCUAAAUGCUUAUGAUAAAAUUCAUUAAACCCUACUCUACUUUUGGUUUUAUUUUUUAUUUCUGUCAGUUUUGUUCCUCAUGUUUUCUUUUGUCUUAUUUGGAAACACAUUGUCUGUAUUGUGCCGUGUUUAUUAUAUAAUGUCUUGCAUGAGAACUGACACAUUCACAGAGGACCAAGCAGCAGAUAUGAGUGUGGCACCAAUGAAGUGAACUUUUUUAAUUUACAAAAUCAAGAGAAAUAUGUUGGGAUUAAAGGAAAGCAACUUUAGAGAGAAAACAUAAUGCAGUUUUACCUCAUGUUUUCUUCUUGUUUCCUGCAUUGUAGAAACAGUAUCAAGUGUUCCUGUGUCAAAGAUGUCAAUUUAUUUUGAGAGUCUUGUUCCUUUUCUGUUACACCUUCGCCCUCGUGUCAAAUGUCUCCUAAACCCUGCUCUUCCUGGUCCUUGUCGUUGUUUCACCCGUUCUGUUGGAUGCAUGCAUCUCUAACGGACGCAUCAAGUGAUCUUGACUGUCUCACAGGAGACAAGAAGACGGGCACAGCAGUUCAAGAUUACCAGCUGCGAGCACACUCACAAGAAGACAACCAGAACCAGAACCACUCCACCACUGUCCCGAUAGCCAAUGGCCACUAUUUGGCAUUGGUCCCAGGCAACAGGAGGCCCAUUGAUCGGACCCUAGAAGCUCAUUUUGCCAAGAUCACAUCUCCACCACCGCCUUACAUUGAGACCAGUGUUGAUAGUCGCACCAGUGGAGAACAGCUGAGGAGGCUGGAGCAGCACCAGGAGAAGCUGAAAGAGAUGCAGCACCGUCAGGAGCAGGAGAGGCAGAAGAGGCAGUGGCUUGAAGAAGAGCGUCUGAGGCUGGAGCAGCAAAAGCAGCUGGAGAAGCAACGCAGGGAACUCCUUCAGCUGCAGCUCCAACAACAGCAGCAGGAGCACCGACAGCGUAGGCAGGUUCUGCAGUGGCAGCUAGAGUUAGAGCAACAAUACCGCAUGCAGCAAAAACAGAUCCAACAGCAGCAGCAGCUCAGACGGAGCCCAACUGGAGUCAUGGUGUCUCCAUCCUCAGGGCUCUGCACCAUCUAUGAAGCUAUGGAGACCAGUGAUGAGGAAGAUGAGGCCAGGGGAGGGCAGAACAGGAACACACAGCUGGUGGGAAGAAGGAUAGCACCUUCCCAGAUAGUCCCCCAGGAUUUCCAGAGGCAGCUGCGCCCGGUUCCUCCGCAGGAACUGGAGUGGAACAAGAAGGUGGACAUGGUGCAGCAGCUCAUCAACCAGACCCUGAUGCUGUCUGGAGAUGGAGGCUGCCCUCCUCUCCUGCUUCUCCCUGUGGGGUCAGGUGGAACUUUGAGCCCCUUAGAGAGCAGCAUGUGGCCCAAUAUGCUGCCCCAGUUCAGCCCUCCUGCUGCCACAGUCACCUCUGUCAGCAGCUACUCUCCUGACAGCCAGGGCAGCUCUGCGCCUGGAGACUGGACUGUGGUAGAAGUGGAGACUCAGCACUGA